CUGGGGGAUAAGAACACUACACAACACCUUUACAGACUGGCUUCAUUGGGAAUACUACAACCAUGGGCUUCCCUCUAUGCCUAUGUCUUCUCUCUUUGAUUUUCACAACUGCUUUUGGUUCAGGUUUUAGUGACGACACAGCGCUUCAUGAAAACUCUUAUAAGGAAAAGUGGAUGGCAUCUAUACCUGAUGACCAACUCCUUUCAGCUGUUACUAUUCCCGGAACUCAUGAGAGCCUAACUCUGUAUGGUGGACCUCUUAUACAGUGUCAGGCUUGGACCUUGGAGAACCAGCUGAAAGCAGGAUUGCGGUACUUUGAUUUACGUAUAGAGGCCAGUAUUUUCCACAACACCCUUGAUGUCAUGGAUGGGCAUAUAAAACAUAACAAGUUCCAUGACGUGCUAAACAUUCUGUGGGAGUUCUUGGGCAAACAUGACAGUGAGACUGUACUUUUGAGAGUGACACUGCAAGGGAUGAGUAUCUGGAAUGCUAUAGAAUCUAUCAAGGAUUUGAUUAAGAAAUCCAAAGAUAAUGUAUGGACAAAGACGUUGGUCCCCCACAUGCGAGACGCGAGAAGGAAGAUCGUCUUUGUGCAGAGUACCAAUUUCAAUGUCGGAACCCUUAACCAUAACAUUUGUGUCACUUACGAUGGAUGGUUCAAAAACAUUGAAAACAAGAUGAAAACGAUCACAAAACAUCUGAAAGAAGCUCAAAAGAAUUGUGCUCAUACAAUUUCCUUGACUGACACCUCCACCACAGGCUUUUUCAUAGGCCCUAAAACUGUGGCCAAAGUGGUUAAUGAUCAGCUCAAUAAGCUUUUAGGUAAACUAAAGACAGGCUCUGAUAAACAAAACUGCUUGGGGGUAAUCAGCAUGGACUUCCCCAGCCCGGACCUCAUCCAGAACAUCAUUGAGGUCAAUAGACAACCAGGAAGCGGUUCAUCUGAUCACCUAGUAGAGCCUGAACCAGCAGAGCCUGAACUAGUAGAACCUGAAGCAGCAGAGCCUGAAGCAGCAGAGCUGGAGCCACUAGAGCCUGAACCUGCAGAGCCUGAACCA